AUGACGUUCUCCAGUGCGGCCAGAAGGGAUAUGGUGUUGGGGUUGGUGCAGUUCACCACUACCUUACAUCUCAGGCAUGGCGCUGGGGAAACAAUGAACUACAUCUCUGCUUCACAGCAUAAAACUGUGGUGUUAUCAUCAGGGUACUACGCAGCCUUCAGAGUCACCCUGGAGGCUCAAUCUCUGGAGGGCCUGUACGACGGGGCGGUACACAUCACCACUGACUACGAGAUAUUAACAAUCCCAGUGAAGGCUGUCAUAGCAGUGGGGAGGCUAAACAGCCAUCCCAAACACAUCAUCCUACCUCCAUCCUUUCCUGGGAAGAUAGUUCACCAGAGUUUCAGCAUCCAGAGUUCCUUCACCCAGAGAGUGAGACUCCAACGCAUUCAUUCCCUAACAGAAGAUGUUCGGUUCUAUUACAAAAGACUACGCAUUAACAAGGAUGGACUGGAACCCAGACGGCAGUCUAAGGUUGCAAAUAUUUAUUCUGAUGCCAGUUUGCAGUGUGGCGACCACUGUUAUGUGGGGUUGCCAUUUAUCCUGAAAUCGGAGGCUCGCCCCCACGGCCUGGUCUUACAGGAGGACAUCUGGGAGGCUGACGUUGACCUCCACCAGAAACUGCUCCGCCGCUGGAGAGAGCUGAAAGAUCGCUCAGGACAUCAAGUUGAGGCGGUGUUUGAAGUAAACACAGAUCUACAGAAGACCGUCCAGGCUACAAUAACAGCUCAACAGACCUGGCCGUCGCUGGUUAACGCCUCACAACAAAUCAUGUUUCCCCUCACCAAUACCAACAGCUCCUCUGAGAAGGAGGUUGUUCUAAAGAACCCAUCAGAUGUCCCAGUCUAUGUCCAGGUCCUUCCUCUGGCUCUCUACCCGAACCCCUCUGUGUUCGCUGGGAAACUAGCCGACAGGUUCCCACUGGGAAGGUUGUCCAACAUCAACAUCGACACAAAAUCACUGGAAUUCCAGGUCAAACCAAAUCUAUCAUCUGUAAUGAAGGGAAGCUCAGGGUUUGUGGAGGGCUCAACCAGACCAUUUGUCUACAACCUGCUCCUGCAGCCUGGAGAGGUCAAGUCCUUCAGCCUGACGUUCACUCCUGCCAGCAACCACUCUGUCUCCUCCCUGUUCAUAGUCAGGAACAACCUGACGGUGAUGGAUAUGAUCAUGGUGCACGGCCAGGGAACCACAGAGAGCCUGAAUAUAGCUGGGAACCCACCUGGACCAGGCAGCUCCCUUCGCUUCCAAAUGACUGAGGCUUUGCUCAAGGACUGCACAGACAUGAUCAAGUCCAAGGAGCCCAAGUCCACUCUGAGAAGGACCUUCAGGAUGGAGAACACUGGUCUGCUCCCGUUUUAUAUGCGCUCUGCAGAGAUCAACGGCCAGCCCUGCCAAGGAUACGGAUUCAAAGUUCUCAACUGUCAACAGUUUGCACUUAAACCAAAUGCUUCUAAAGACCUAGUUAUACUGUUCACACCGGACUUCACAACGUCCAGAGUGAUCCGGGAGCUGAAGCUAGUGACGGAGGGAGGGUCAGAGUUUGUGUUUGUCCUGAACGCCUCUCUACCCUAUCACAUGUUGGCCUCCUGUACAGAGGCCCUCCCCAGACCCUCCUGGGAGCUAUACCUCAUCGUCUCCUUCAUCAUGAGCUCCAUGUUCCUGCUGGUGAUUGCUAAAGCCUACCUGGAAGCCCAGGGGAUCUGGGAGCCCUUUAAGAGAAGUCUGUCUCUGGACUCUGCCAUGGAGACGGGCAGACCCUUCCACCUCAGGGAAAUAGUAUUCAUUUCAAGUGAUGCUAACUUGAAUGAUUUCACUGACACCCACCAGAAAUCGACCAGGGGGAUGUAUGGGUCUGGUAGCGGGGUGUCCCGGGCCGGGGGCCAGAACAGCAGGUCCUCCAUGGACCUUGAUAGACAGAGAGCCAGGAUGGGCUUCGGUCGAUCAACUAUACAAGCCUCCUCCACUUCCUCCUCCUCUUCCUCCCAGCUAGCCAAUGGCGCCCCGGUUUCCUGUCAGCUGACCAAUCGGAAGGCGCGGAGCUCCAAGGGGCAGCAGGGUGGAGGACGCCUGGACCUCCAGGACGGGGGUCCUGGGUCAGGGUCGUCUCUGCCCCACAGAAGGCUCUGUUCUGGGGGAGAGGACCCAGACUACGCCAGCCUCCUGGGGGCCAUGGAUAAUGACCUAGACAGACCUGAAUCACCUCUACAAGCUCUACAGGAUCACAACGGAUCUCCGUCUGUGCUGGACUCUAAAGGAAAGCAGCUGAGAGGUCAAACUAAAGCUCAGAGGAAGAGGGAGAAGGAGGACAGGAGAGCGAAGGGAAAACCACCUCCGGGAGACCAGCUGAACGAUGACAGCUCAUCUACCACCACAGAGACCUCCAACCCUGAGGUAGAAGCCAGCAACAAAGAGGAACCAGUGAAAAAGAAAGGCAGAACAGCAGUGGAAAAAGAGGAAACAUCUUUCCUCACCAAACCCCAAAACAACAAGAAACAAACCAACACAGAGGAUAAAUCUAGUUCCCUGGAGCUUCCAUACGUCACACCCCUGGAGAACAAACAACGCAAGACCUUCACAUCCAAAGCCCUCAUCCACCCUGCUCUCACCACUGGCCCUAGGACUCUGCAGAAACCCAGACCUGAGUCUCUCUCCCAUCUCAACUCUUCUGACUGUUCUGUACUUGUGCCUUGUGGGAAGCUGGAGGAUUGUUGUCCGUUUCCCCUGGUGAAGCGGUUGUCCAACGGCUCGGUCUCUGUUUCCGAGCUGGGUCACAGCAGCUGCUCCGAGGGAGAGAAGGAGUUCGCUGCUCCUGAAUGGGACGUCCCACUCCUCAAAACCACCGACCAAGCAGACAACCUCCUGCAGACCGUGAACCCCUUCCUGAAGAGACCCAUCUCAGCUAGGACCUACUCCCCUCCCCCCUCCUCCCCCAGCCUAGUGACCAGGGGAACAUACAGCCAAGUACUCAACGCCAAUUGUGAGACCAACUUGAAGAAGGCACCAGGGAACAAGCUAGCUAAUACCACCACCUCUCUCCCGGGCAAGAAUGGCAAUCCUACUUUUGCAGCUGUUGCUGCGGGAUACGACAGAAGCCCAGGUGGCAGUGACCCAGGUAAAAGAGGCCAAGGGAAGUCUCUAGCUCACAUGACCUCAGUGGAGAGUGACCGCUCAGACAGCUCAGGAUUAUGGUCUCCCAUAGGAUUCAACUCUGUCAACUCCUUCUCUACAUUUGGACCCAACAACUCUUUCAAUCUGACAGGAGUCUUCAGGGGGAUGUCCUUCCCGAAGACGUCCGAGCCUCAGCAGAGCUGGCCUGAGUUAAGCUCUGUGUCCUCAUCUAUCUGGGACGCCCCCAGCACCAGCAACCCCCUGCACUCCUGGCUCAGCAGCUCCAGCUCCCCCACUGUCCCCACCGCAUCCAUCCUGGGUAGGAGCAGGAACCACUGGUCCACCACCACCCUCCCGGACCUACCCAGUAGCACCCCCUUUGGCAGCUCGAUCUGGUCCACUGGUGGAGCCCUACACUCCUUCACUCCCACCACCACCUCCACCCUCCCGGACCUACCCAGCAGCACCCCCGCCCUGGGCCUGGCACCAGCCCCUCCCGCUGCCCCCAAUGAGAUGACCUAUAACCCCUGGAGCACGUGGAGACCCACCCUCAGCAGACGUAGCUCGGAGCCCUGGCCCAACCAAUCAGACGACACCAACCACUGAGGAGCGACAGGCACUCACUCUUAGCCUGGUCCCAGAUCUGUUUCAGCUCCACUCACUCUUAGCCUGGUCCCAGAUCUGUUUCAGCUCCACUCAC